UCCUUUUGUCAACAUCUGAAACAAAUUGAUUUUUAUGUCAUUUUCCGAGACGCUGUCACGGCGCAACAUUUGAACUAUUCACAUCGAUAAAACACAGAAUUGGACAAAAAAAUGAAACUUACGUGUCCGUAACGAGCUUAUCGAGGCCAAUUUACAACAUCUUGUUUAAUCCGCCACUUUUCGUGUACAAGAAAUAUUUUGGAACCACUUUUUUAGGAAUCAAACCAGUCCAGAAAAAAAUCAGCCAAGAUGUCGAUCGACCUCGACAAGCCGCGCUACGACCAAAGCACGUACAUGGGCCGCGCGAUCCACUUUCUGCAGCUCACCAACCCUAUGAACGCGCUCGCUUCGGACAAGGAGCUCGACGAGGCCAAGAGAGUCGUCACCGAGUUCAGGAAAACUCGCCGCAUGCCACCAGGGUACGACGAGGAGAAGCUGUGGAAGACCAAGUACCUGUACGACAGCGCGUUCCACCCGGACACCGGAGAGAAGAUGCUGCUCAUCGGCCGCAUGGCGUCACAGGCUCCCAUGAACACUAUCAUCACAGGAGGAAUGAUCACGUUCUACAAGACGACAGCCGCGACCGUGUUCUGGCAGUGGGUGAAUCAGACGUUCAACGCCGUGGUCAACUACACCAACCGGUCUGGUGACACGCCCAUGUCUUCAUCACAACUGUUUGCGUCCUACUGCGCUGCUUGCGGUGGCGCGUUGGGAACGGCUCUGUACCUCAACAGCAAAGUUAAGGUAAGUUGGGUUUUUAUGGGCAAUCAAGAUUAUGGCAACAUUAAAAAAAGCUAUAAAGGCACGUACAUGGGCCGCGCGAUCCACUUCCAGCAGCUCACAAACUCCAUGAAUGCUCGCUCCGACAAGGAGCUCGACGAGGCCAAGAGACAGCUCACAAACUCCAUGAACGCUCGCUCCGACAAGGAGCUCGACGAGGCCAAGAGAGUCGUCACCGAGUUCAGGAUCGACCGCGGCAAGUCACGCUAUAAAGGCACGUACAUGGGCCGCGCGAUCCACUUCCAGCAGCUCACAAACUCCAUGAAUGCUCGCUCCGACAAGGAGCUCGACGAGGCCAAGAGACUCACCAACCCUAUGAACGCGCUAGCCUCCGACAAGGAGCUCGACGAGGCCAAGAGAGUCGUCACCGAGUUCAGGAAAACUCGCCGCAUGCCACCAGGGUACGACGAGGAGAAGCUGUGGAAGACCAAGUACCUGUACGACAGCGCGUUCCACCCGGACACCGGAGAGAAGAUGCUGCUCAUCGGCCGCAUGGCGUCACAGGCUCCCAUGAACACUAUCAUCACUGGAGGAAUGAUCACGUUCUACAAGACGACAGCCGCGACCGUGUUCUGGCAGUGGGUGAAUCAGACGUUCAACGCCGUGGUCAACUACACCAACCGGUCUGGUGAUACCCCCAUGUCUUCAUCUCGCCUUUUAAUCUUACCUUUAAAUCCCUCUUUCCUCCACAGUGAGAUCCUGAACGGCACACCAGUUUUUACCGCGGAUGGGCAGCGCGUGGGAGAGAGCAAGACAGCUGCCAUGCGUGGCAUCUCGCUCGUGUGCAUCUCGCGUGUCAUCAUGGCGCUGCCCGGCAUGACUUUGACGCCACUCAUAACCGCAUACGCGACGCGCCGCGGCCUGUUCUGCCACUACCCGAUGGCCGUCAUCCCGUUCCAGCUGUUCCUAGUGGGACUCUGCGUGACAUUUGCCACGCCAUUGUGCUGUGCUAUAUUCCCGCAGCGCGCCGCCAUCGAUGUAGAGAGCUUGGAGCCUGAGUUGAAG